CAGAGAGACACAUUUGCUUCCUGUAUGUUUUUAUUUAUUUUAUUUAUUUUCUGUUAUGUUUUCCCGCAUCUUCUCCUGUCAGAAGGGUCUCUCAUGAGCAGAAGUAGGAGGGAGCGCAGAAAGAGACGCAAGAUAAACGCCUGUGCCUUUCUCUACUGCAUGCACGCAUGCAAUGCAUGCUGCAGACUAAAUAAGACACCUCCAGUGUUGGAUUAUCUGUCUGGCUGUGUGCUGACUGCCUCCAGACCUGGAGGCCACCCUCCUCCUCCUCUUUCUCCUCCCUUUCACACUGAAGGAAGAGUAGAGUAGAGACGGUCUUCUGUUUGCCUCCUGCAGACUCCAACCACUCCUGACUUCUGGUCCAGCGACAUGAAUAAGAUGAAGAACUUCAAGAGGCGGUUCUCACUUUCCGUGCCACGAACAGAAACGAUAGAGGAGAACGAGUUUACAGAACAGAUAAACCAGCUCAACAUCUGCUGCAGUGACGGUGUGGUGCCCAGUAGUCUGGGUCUACACAGCCUGCAACCCAGUCCAGUGGCUCCAGACAGCCAGGCUCAAUCUCCUACACAACUGCAGUACUGCAACAAAGUCCCGCACCGCCGAUUCUCCAUGGAGGAUGUAACUAAGAGGAUGUCUCUGCCCAUGGACAUCCGUCUCCCACCAGAGUUUCUGAAGAAGUUACAGAUGGAAAACCCUCCACCGUGCAAACCGCUCAGCCGCAUGUCCAGAAGAGCCUCACUGUCGGACAUUGGCUUUGGGAAACUGGAGACCUAUGUGAAGUUGGGAAAACUAGGAGAGGGCACAUACGCAACUGUAUUCAAGGGUCGCAGCAAACUCACAGAAAACCUGGUGGCCCUGAAAGAGAUUCGUCUGGAGCACGAAGAGGGCGCCCCGUGCACGGCCAUACGGGAAGUGUCACUGCUGAAGAACCUGAAGCACGCCAACAUCGUAACGCUUCAUGACAUCAUCCAUACGGACCGAUGUCUCACCCUCGUCUUUGAGUAUCUGGACAGUGACUUGAAGCAGUACCUCGACAACUGCGGAAACCUAAUGAGCAUGCACAAUGUGAAGAUAUUCACAUUCCAGCUUCUUCGUGGUUUAUCAUAUUGUCAUAAGAGGAAGAUUCUCCACCGGGACCUGAAGCCUCAGAAUCUGCUCAUUAAUGACAAGGGAGAACUUAAACUGGCAGACUUUGGUUUGGCCAGAGCAAAAUCAGUCCCAACAAAAACCUAUUCGAAUGAGGUUGUGACCUUGUGGUAUCGACCUCCUGAUGUCCUGCUGGGCUCCACAGAGUACUCAACACCGAUAGACAUGUGGGGCGUGGGCUGUAUCCUGUACGAAAUGGCCACAGGCCGUCCCAUGUUUCCUGGAUCGACUGUCAAAGAGGAACUACACCUGAUAUUUCGACUCAUGGGCACCCCAACUGAGGAGAGCUGGCCCAGAAUCACAGCUAAUGAGGAAUUCAAAUCCUACCUGUUUCCUCAGUACAGAGCACAAGCACUCAUUAAUCAUGUGCCCAGGCUUGACACAGAAGGAAUAGACCUUCUUAUGGCUCUAUUGUUGUAUGACACCAAGUGCAGGGUUUCCGCUGAGUCGGCUCUGAGACACUCUUACUUCCUGAAUCUGGGGGAGAACAUCCACUCCAUACCUGACACCUCAUCUGUGUUUUCACUGAGGGAGAUCCAGCUACAGAAGGAUCCGGGACACAAGAGCUCAGUAUUCCAGCCACCGGGUCGAGGCAAAAACCGCAGACAAAGCAUAUUCUGAGGACAAGAAACAAAGCACUGUGCAUGAAGAGAUCGCCAGAACAAAACCAUUAUGACGCAGACAGCUUUGUUUCUCCAUCUAAAACAUGCAUGCAUCCAUUCACAAACACACCAAUUUAUUAGUCUGUCCUUCAGAAAACAGAUUCAAUAGAAGUGAAUCAUCCUCAGUCAUAAAACUGGCUGGUUAAAAGUGUGACCGAGGCUCAAUCCAAUCUCUCUUGCAGUCUCAUUUAAACCUAAAAACCACACUGAUCCUAAAGCUCAAAUCUUUAAAAACAUUUACCCUUGGUUUCACAGACAAGGCCU